CAGCCAGAGCCAGUGGGCUUAGUUGCGGCAAUGGCGAGUACAUUCGCACUCCGCCUAGGGCCGCGCCUCGCGGCGCCCCCUCCGACGAGGGCGACGAGCGGAGGAGGAGGAGGUAGCCGCCCUCCCAAUAGACGAGCGCUGGUGUCAAAGAAGCCAAACAAGCACCACCAUUUGUGGAUUAGGAAGGAUUCAGCUGGGUCAGGGAAGAAGGCUCUUUGUCUUGUUAAUACUGUUUCAAAGCUGCCGAAUGAAAAAGAAACUGUUUAUGGCGCAUUGGAUAGGUGGACUGCUUUUGAGCCUGAAUUUCCUAUUAUAGCAGCAGCAAAAGCUUUGGCAAUGCUGAAGAAGCGAAGAAAAUGGCUACAAAUUAUCCAGGUAACCAAGUGGUUGAUGAGUAAAGGUCAGGUGAUGACAUGGACAACAUACGAUACACUGUUGUUGGCUCUUUUUAUGGAUGGAAGGGUAGAUGAGGUUGAGUCAAUAUGGAACACUAUCAUACAAACUUAUACACGCUCAGUGCCCAAGAAGUUGUUCUCUCGGAUGAUCCAGAUUUACAACGCGCGCCAUCUUCCAGACAAAGUUUUGGAGAUAUACGGUGACAUGGAGGAAUUAGGGGUACAUCCAGAUGAGGAUACAACAAGAAGGAUCGGACGAGCAUUUGCAGCCUCCGGCCAGGAAGAUAAGCAAAAGCCUGUCCUUGAGAAAUACUUGAAGAAGUGGAAGUACAUCCAUUUCAACGGAGAGCGUGUUCGGGUGAAGAGGGCAGGACCUUUGGCAUAGUAACCGUUGUGUGAAUAGCUUGGGCCGAACAGUAGGAAUAUCGCCUCAUCUGGACAUAUGCAAGUGAUAUCUUCUUCCGAGGUCCUAUGUGAGCAUGCCAGAUGGAACGAGGUGUGAAAUUGUAAUGCUCUCUAGACACAUAUACAGGGUGUCAAACAGCUAACAUGCUAAUGAUUUUGGUGUCAAAACAUGUACUCCCCCUCCAUCUAAAAAUAGGUGUCUUAGUUUAGUCUAGACGGACAAACUGUGAUGUUUUAAA